UGGUCCCAUCAUCCACAUCCCGUGUACAGUGUAAUAUCUGCAGCGGUGCCUUGUCACAACUCUGAUUCCUGCCAUGCACCGGGUCGACUUUCUUUUGCCUCUACUACUGACCAUUUUUCUUUCGGGGUUAAGCCGAGGAUAUUUCCCCGAGGAGCGGUGGACCCCCGAGUCCCCGCUUCUCACUCCCCGGGUUCUCAUAGCGCUGGUCUGCCGCAACUCGGGACACUCACUGCCUCUCGUCCUGGGGACAGUUGAGCGUCUAAACUACCCGAAGGACCGCAUUGCUCUCUGGGUGGCGACGGACCACAACACAGACAACACCAGCGCCCUGCUGGAGGACUGGCUCGUCCAGGUGCAGAAUCUCUACCACUACGUGGAGUGGAGACCCCAAGAAGCUCCCAGGGACUAUGUCAAGGAGGCGGGGCCUAAGCACUGGACUGGCGCACGUUAUGAGCACGUGUUGAAGCUUCGUCAGGCUGCCCUGGACGCGGCCCGGGAGAUAUGGGCCGACUACUUCCUGCUGAUGGACUGCGACAACCUGCUCACCAACCAGGACGUUCUACAGCUGCUAAUGAGAGAGAACCAGACCGCUGUCGCUCCCAUGCUGGAGUCCAGGGCGGCCUACUCCAACUUCUGGUGCGGCAUGACCUCCCAGGGCUACUACAGGCGGACCCCCGCCUACAUGCCCAUCCGCAGGCGGGAGCGGCGGGGCUGCUUCGCCACGCCCGUGGUGCACUCCACCUUCUUGCUGGACCUCCGCAAGGUCGCCUCCCGCCAGCUGGCCUUCUACCCCCCCCACCCCGAGUACGCCUGGGCCCUGGACGACGUCAUCAUCUUCGCAUUCUCCGCACGCAGUGCAGGAGUACAGAUGCACGUGUGCAACAGGCAGACGUACGGCUACCUCCCCGUUCCCCUGCCCUCCCACAGCUCCCUGCAGGACGAGGCAGACAGCUUCCUGCACACUCAGCUGGAGGUCUGGGUGAACCAUCCUCCACUGGAGCCAUCUAUCUACCUCUCUGUGCCCCCCAAGCGGCCUGACAAGAUGGGCUUUGACGAGGUGUUCUUGAUCAACCUGCACCGUCGAGCAGACCGGCGCGAGCGCAUGUUGAGAGCUCUUUAUGAGCAGGAACUCACCUGUAAGGUAAUUUCCGCUGUGGACGGCAAGGCCCUGAACACCAGCGACAGAGAGGCCAUGGGUGUCCAGAUGCUGUCCGGCUACAAAGACCCCUACCAUGGACGCUCUCUCACUAAGGGCGAGCUGGGCUGUUUCCUCUCCCAUUACAACACCUGGAAGGAGAUCUCAGAGCGUGGUCUGCAGAGCUCUCUGGUCAUAGAGGACGACCUCCGCUUCGAGGUGUUCUUCAAACGCCGUCUGAGCAACCUGCUGUACGAGGUGACCGCCCACGGACUGGACUGGGACCUGAUUUACAUCGGCCGGAAGAGGAUGCAGGUGGACCACCAAGAAACGUCCGUUCCCAAGAUCCACAAUCUGGUGGAGGCCGACUACUCCUAUUGGACGCUGGGCUACAUGAUGUCGUUGAAGGGCGCGCGGAAACUGCUCAGGGCGGAGCCUCUGAGUAAGAUGCUCCCCGUCGAUGAGUUCCUUCCCGUGAUGUACAAUAAACACCCAGUCUCUGCCUACAUGGCCCACUUCAAGCAGCGGGACCUGCGUGCCUUCUCGGCCGAGCCGUUGCUGGUGUACCCCACCCACUAUACGGGCGAACCGGGGUACAUCAGCGACACGGAGACCUCGGUGGUCUGGGACAACGAGACGGUCCGCACCGACUGGGACCGCGCCCGCUCCAGGAAGACCCAGGAGCAGGCGGAGCUCAGCUCCGACGCACAGAACUCAGGCGUGCUGCAGUCGGACCUGGACAACUGGAGCGCCAAGGAGGAGCUGUGAGGAGGAGGAGGAGGAGGAGCUGUGAGGAGGAAAAGGAGGAAGAGGAGCU